AUGUCUACAGGAUCUGCAAUUGCUUUAAAACUACCUCGUAGACGACCAGUCCACAAGUCAUCUACAGGCUGCAAACGGUGCAGACUCAGAAAGUGUUUGUUGCCGCAGAUAAAAUGCGACGAGAGACGGCCAUCAUGUACCCAGUGCGACGACAAGCGCUUCGAAUGUCCUGGAUAUCCUUCCCGACCUCUGCUCCGUUGGUCGACUAAGCAUGAAGUCUUUGACCCGCAAAAGGCGAAUACCAGCGUCACCGAAUCUACAAAUCUUGCGUGUAAAGAGCGCGAUGCCGAGCAUUCUGGAAAGACUUCUCUGGAUCAGGACAAACGAGAUCAUACUGAUAACAGCAGCGGCUACGGAGGACAAUACGGCGACAUUAUUUCGGUAGACCCUCACUUAUCCAACCUCGAGUAUGGCAUUAGAAUGCACGAGCAGAUUUUCCCGAGCGACGAUGUGAUCCCAAUUACUCUUCACACUUCACCGCCCAAUGCUGACGGGGAAACUUUUGUGGACGUUUGGAACUCAGAAGUACACCCAACCACCGUGGAACGGAGAGAUGCAGAGGUACCCUCCGGAGAAGAUGAAGAAGUGCUGUCUGAUUGUUCCUUGAGCCCUGCCUCAAGCCUGACUUCUCUGGGUGCCCCCCUAACUGAAUUGGAGCAUGUCCAACAACAAACUGCCCCGGUCAUGCUGGAGACAGCAGGAGAGGAAUCCGAUGAAAACACAUCAAAACCGGCGUCCCCACCCUUUGACGACAUUGCAUCCCCAUUCAUAUCGAACGAUACACAGCCUUUUCGCACCCCCUCUCCUCCAUUCUGUCAUGAGCCUUCGGGUGCAUUGGUUGAGUUGGUGCCGUUUUACUUUAACGUUGUGUGCCAUAUUCUCUCCACAUUCGACUCUGAGCAGAACGUGUUCCGUACAUUCGUCAGUAAAAAGUGGCAAGACUCUUCUAUUAUGUUUUAUACCAUACAGAGUCUGGCAGCGGCUAAGCUGGUGUGGUUCAUGCCUGAGAUGAGGACUCGAUCGCUAGAAUUCCGCUCGCUUGCACUCAAUGAUCUCCAGGAGAGAGUUUCUACCGCGCAGUAUUGGGACACAGAGCUCUUGUUUAUUGUCCUCUUGCUAGGCGUGAGCUCAUCUUGGUUCGACAUAGGAGAUCUGGGCAUACCUCAUCUAGAGGCUGUUCAACAUGCCGUUUUAAACGGAAAGGUGCAGUUCUCUGAUGAUUUCGAUGCCAUCGGCUUUUUUCAAAACGCCCUAAUCUACUGGGAGAUGGUCUCAUGCGCCGUAAGCAAUAAGGUUACUUAUCAUGAAUACGAAAAGAUGAGACCCAAGGAAAUUGAGGAACCUAGACCGGUGCCUCUGGCUGCCAAGGAUCGAGCUCAACGAAGCCCAUCGCGCAUGGUACCACACCCGUGGACGGGUGUUGCUUCGGAACCGCAAGCGAUCUUUACUCGUAUAUCAAGACAAAUCCACGCACUGCGAUCUUCAACAUCGGCAUCACCGGUGGGAGGACAGAACCUUGAUAAACCAGGCGACUUUUUGGAGGCUAUAAGGCAACUAGAUCAGUCGAUAUGGGCUUACGAACUGCCCAAGUUACACUCUAUCAGUAAUAUCGGAGACCCGAAUACCCCGGCAAUUCAUCAUCUGUUACUUGCUGAGGCUUACAUGUAUGCCAACAUUUAUCAACUCUACCGCAUCUUUCCCAACGUACGAAGGAAGCGGGUUAAGUGGAUGAGAGAGCUCAUAGCUACGCAAAAGCCAUACGACCAAACACCUUGGGCUGCCUCUCAAGUCCGCUCAUGGGCGGUGAUGCUGCAGCAAGAGGACGGUACGGAGAAAUGGCUGAGAUUUCUGGGCCGCAAUGUGAUUAUUCGCUUGGAGCAGAUCCAGACCAAUUCUGGAACGUCGUGUGUGCAAGCUUUGCUCCUGCUAGUGGCAGCUACGUCACUCUCCUUGAGUUCAGGAGAGACCGAGGAGGAGGCCGCUGCUGGCCUUGGGGAGCAGCAGCAAGAAUAUUUUAUGGAAGACAAGGACGAUAUUCUUCGAGCCCGGCAGUUUGUACUGGAUCGCCUUGAGUUUCUGUCGAUGACGAACUUGUCUGCUCCCAUUCAGUAUGUCCGAAGUAUUGUGUUGGAGAUAUUCAAACGCUUGGAUGUUGGGGCGGAUAUAUUUUGGAUGGACGUGCUUCAUUCCAUGGGUCUGCUCACUAUAAUAGGGUGA